AUGCGGUACGAGAUUCGUUAUGCGGAAACGAAAUGCUUCGCGGAGGAUCUCCAUGAGAAAACCAUGUCCGUCGGGAAAUACUUCGUCGUAAACCCUAACGAAAACGAUCCUCUUUCUGCUUCCCACAAAAUCACCGUCAAGGUGAUGCCGCCAAAAGGGGAGUCGUUGCUGCACGAAGCCGAUAACGUGGAGGCUGGGCAGUUCUCGUUUACUGCGUAUGACUGUAUGAGACCGGUCCUUACUUAG